AUGGGGAGGCGGAAGAAGGAGGCCGCGACGCUGAGCGCCGCGUUCCACGCUUGCGAGUUCGCCAUCGCUCUCGGCGUCAUUGCCGCCGCGCUGUGGGCCAUGAUGAGGUGCGGUGAUGAUGAGGUGCGGUGCGGCGGUGAUGAUGAGGUGCGGUGUGGGCAUGAUGAGGUGCGGUCUGGCACACCGGCGAGCCUAUGUCUGCUGGUGUAUCAGACGCCCAUGAUGGUGGGGGGCGGCCUGCUGCUGCUAGCGGCACUGGUGGGGCUGCAGGGCGUGGCGUGCGGCCAUGGCGGGUUCAAGUGUCUGCACGUCUUCCUCGCUAUCCUCGCCCUUCUCGCCCUCCUCGCCUUCUCCAUCUUUGCGUUUGUGGUGACGGCAGGAGGGGCAGCAAGCAGCAGCCGCGGCCAGACAGUGUACGAGCCAGCCGGCUUCUCCGCUUGGAUGCAGCAGCAGCUGGGCUCCUGGUCCUCGUUACAAGCAUGCCUCACUAACACCGUGCACGUCUGCUCUGACCUCCGCCUGUACACCCGUGACAAGCUGCAAGGGAAGCAGAUCUCGCCUCUAGAGGCUGGUUGCUGCCUACCUCCCGAGGGCUGCCCAGUCAACCUCCCUCAGAACACAAUCUACUCCUUCGCCUUCGCCGUCCCCACCACACCCACCGUUACCACACCCGCCAACCCAACCUCCUCCUCCGCCUGUAGCGCCUUCAGCAUCGACCCCACAGUUCUCUGCUACAGCUGCUCGCUCUGCCAGGGCGGCCUGCUAGCCCUCCUCCAGAGCAACUUCAAGGUGCAGGCAUACGUGGGCACGGCAGCGGCGGGACUUCUGCUGCUGCUGGGGCUUGCCAUGUGCUGCGCCUCGUGCAACGGUGCGGAGCCUGAGGGACUGAGUGAGUCGGAUGGCAUCGCACUGGCGAGAGCGCCCACGUUUGUGAUGGUGGAGCCGUCACUCGAACGCACGCUGUCUCGGGUGAACACAGGAGCAGGGGGGGCAGGGGGGCCGAGCUACAAACGGACCAACACCAUGGCCAGUGCUGCUGGGGGGGGUGGGGGAGGGGCGCGGUUUGACCGUACGUUGAGCCGUGGUGGGGGGGAGAAGGGGCCGCAGAAUGGGCCGGGGAGUGCGAGCUUCCAGCGCAGUCUGACUUUCCAGAGCAUGGCGAGCGCUGAGUACAAGCGACAGAUGAGCAUGGCUGGUGGGAAUGGAAAUGGGAAUGGGAAUGUGGGGUAUGCAGAGGGAGGAAGGGAGGAAGAAUGGGAGGUUCGGGAUGUGGAGGACAGGUAUGAGGAUGAGGGGGGGGAUAGGCGGACGUACCAGCGGCAGCGGAGCAAGGUGGGUGGUGGGGAGAGAGGUUAUGAUGAGGUGGAGGGAGAGGAGGAGUAUGAUGAGCAGAGGGAGUCGAGACAGAGGAGUCGGGCGCGGCAGAGCAAUAGGUCGGUGGGAGGGGAGGAGGACGAUGACAGGUUGGUUCGUAACACGACGUGGGGGUCGAGUCAGAACCCGAAACGCACCCCUCCGGAUGGGGGUGAGGCGCGGACGCCUCGUGGGGGGAGACGAGGGGGAAGGGCGGCGCGAGGGGGUUCUAUGAGCCAAGGGCGGUCGGGACAUCAGAGAAGCACGACGUGGGGGGAUGAUGAAGACCCGGAGCAAGGGCGGGGGCAAGUGAGGAGGGUGGAGGUAGGCGUGAGUACCCCAAAGAGGAAACAGAAGCCGAGGAAUCAAGAAGUAUACGAGGAUGAUGGCCAAUAUAAUGAAGAUUACGACGAUAUGUACUAUUAA